GCUUUUUUCCACUUUACUGGUUUGAGUUGAGUUUUUCUUUGAAGAAGUCAUCUUGCUGUCUUAUAUUUUGCUUAAAUUACGAAUAUAAAAAUGUCAGAGCAGGAUCAAAGGGAGAAGAUUAGCGCUUGGUUAAGCAGUACUGACGCUAAGAGAGAGUUCUUCCUGAAUAGUGAUGAUCUGGACAUGCUGAACUACCAACACCGUCAAAUGGAACCUCCUGUGAGAGGAAGACCCGUGAAACUAUGGAAUCCUAAAGAUUUAGAGAAAGCGGCAAUAGAGAAGUACGGGAAGAAAGAAUUCCUAGCCAAGCUUGACAGAAGGGCUCGUCGAAAGCCGAAUCAUUGUGCAAUUUUCAACAAUGGAAAGGAAUCUAUUGAGAUUAAACACACAGAGGGAAAGAAGAGAAAGAGAGCACUGAGCAAGGAUAGUGAUGACGGUAAUGAUAAUGGUGAUGACGAGUCCUAUGGUGGACUUGAGGAGCUUUGUGUUGUUAUAAAGAAAUGUAAUAAGGAGCAGCUGGAGCAGAUUGUAACACUUAUGGCGCAAACUGAUUCUUCAUUUUUGGAACUUUUUAAGAAGGUAAAGCUAGUUUCCUUGUUACCAAGAUCAAAAUUCCAGACAGCCUAUCCAGAGCUUGCAAAGCUCCUUUCUACAGAAAAAGAUGAUAAUGACUCAGGUCAUACAGAAUGCAUAGAUGAUGAUGAUGACAAAGAAGGAGGAGAUGAUGACAAGAGAGCUUCAAAUAUGGAUUUAGAAGGGUCGUGGACUCUGAGUAUUGUAACACCUACUCGUAGAAAAGGUGAAGAAGGGUCAUUAGAUAUAAUUUUUUUCAGCUCAGGGUCCAGUGUCGAUGGCAGUAUUUGUUUUCCAUCUUCAUGUUGUUUAGGGGAUAUUGUGGGAUUCAAAACAAACGGCACAAUGGAGGACACAAACAUUUGUUUUGAGACAAGAAGUGAAUCAAAGCAUGAAUGGUACACUGGUGUACUACAAACUUUUAUUUCAAGAGAUGAAGAUGGAGUUCAAGUUUCAGGGUCUUUUUGGCCAGGUUUCAAAAAGCAAGAUUUACCAAAUACAAUACAUUUUACUGGAAGAAAAGCUGGGGCUACAACAGCUAAAAUCCAAUGAGGAAACAUAAUAGCAUUUUUUCUUUUUCUGCUUGAACCGGUUUUCUUGAUUUUUGUUCAAAUAUAAAAAAUUAACUUGGAAUAUCCCAAAUUAUGAUUGAGCUUCCAAUAUGCAACAGGAGUAAUGAGAAAUCUUAACUUUGUAACAAGCAAUUUUGUUUAAAAAGAAAUUCCCACUUACAUGCUAAGGCUGUUCUAUGUCUAGAUAAAAAACACAAAGCUUUUGCAAUCUUUUCCAAACAGAAUAUUUCUAAAUUAAGCGGGUUUGAUUAUUAUUUUGUGAUUUCUAGGAGGUGGCAGUUACUUUGUGGAAAGAUAGUAAGUUAAUACUUCCGGUCAAAGAGGAUAGGAUUUUUUAAAUUGGAUGAUGGAUAACCUUUAAAUCUUGAUUAUUAUCUUUUACUCAGUUUUUUAGAGAUAAUGUUGAUUUGAAACUUAAUUUGGUCCAGGAGAUAUCUUAGAGAAGAUAACAAUAGUAUGGUUUUUUUUUCAUUUAUAAUUUAAAUCUUUUUAUCAUUUUGUUUUCUUGGAUUAUCAAUAGUGAUUGCAAAGUCUUGUAUAAACAAUUUUGUAUUUAUAGGAAUGCAAUUUUUUGUGGAUUGUGUAGUUUCCAUAAUUGUCUGUUGUGUAUAUAGACAUAUUAUUAUACAUUAAACUCACUAUCUCUUUUCUGAUUGGUGGAAAGUGUACUGUGAAUUUUGAAAAUCAGGGCUGGGAAUGUCAUCUAGCUGCAGAUUAUAGAAUAAUCAUGUCAAGGACACUCAAGGCCAUGAGUAAUCAUGUCAUGUAUGACUGUGGUGCAUGAUUUCUAAGGGUAAUUAUGUCAAAUUCACAUGCUGUGUGCUG